AUGUGUAGUGAGGUUAGGACAUGUUAUGAUCAACUACAAAUAUACACACACCCACACACAGAUAAACAAACCUUCAUUUCAGAAUUGAGUAAAUCCGAAAACUGCUUCCUGAACUGCCCCGGAUUGCCUUUGAGUACCAGAUUCGCUUCGCGAGAUUCAAGGAAGGCAUUCAGUUGUUUAAUGGUCUCUUCACAAAAUGCUGGAUCCAUUUCUGUGAUGCGUUCAGGUGUCAACGGCGCAUUUAGGUUGCCUCCUUUAGAUAUCCACUGUCGAGCUUCGUUGAUUUCCGUAUUGAACCAAGCGAUCGAGUUGGUUGACCGCUUUGCCCAAACCAGCUCGUGCCAGGUACUCGAUUUUUCGCAGAAUGUCAACUCGCGCUUCUGCGUAAUCAGGAAGGAGGCAAAUGAGGGGAGGAGCUGA